UUGCUAUAAUAUAAGCUAUAAAUAACGUAUACAAUGUUAGUACAUACGUGUAUGUACUAACAUUGUACCUUAUAUUGUACCUUACAUUGUACCUUAUAUGUACCUAUUGCAUUUUCUUCAUUAUGACAUAAAAAAUAUUCUCCUCCCUUGUACAUUUAUCGUUUUGACCAUAUAAUAUAAUUGAGCAAUCUUCACCAGUCACCGGCAGGGCGUCCAAAAUGUAAUGGGAGGUGUUUAACAACCACUGCGGCCUAGCGGCCAUCUAACAAAGCUGUUUGUAUUCUAUCAGUAUCACGGUGGGCUUGUGUCACUCAACCCCAUGUGUCAUUACAGUGCGGUUGCCAGUAAAGUGCGCUUCACCAUAAAUAAUUUUAUACGACAUGAAAUAAUAUUUCAUAAUGAAAUUUUUCUAAAUCUCGUUAAUACUAUUAUUAUAACCAUUAUGUGUUUUCGCGGUAAAAUUAUUUUUCUUCUAUUGCGAAUUUUAAGCAGUAAUUUGCUUACUACCACGUGAGAAACAAAAUUAAAAAUGGUUUAACGUCAGACAAAUGAUGGUCGACAGUACGGGAAUGAGAACGGACAAUAUAAAGCCAGGAACGCCCAUUACGUCUGAAACGUCCAGCUCAAAAAAUACCAACGAUAGCUCCAGCGGCAAUGUCAAAAACAGUUCAACAACUGUCGAAAAGAUUGUACCAUCCAGAAGCAGGAGCAAUCAGAGAUGGAUGAAACUCAGAACCACCGUGCAGUUGUCCAGUGCUAUCUCUUCGACGAUAAAGACAUCGAAACCGACGCUGCAGAGGGAGGAUUCAUUCAUCAAACGGUUUUCUACGCGACAAGUGGCCGAAAAACAGGAGACGUUGGACACCGGCGAUGACGGCGAAUGCAGUUCCGGAUCGCAGGACAACAUCGAGUACGUGCGCCGGAAACGCCGGUUGCGCCGGAAACAGAAUAAGCUCCCGUGGUCCGUGGUCAACCCGGACGAGAACUUCUACUUCAACUGGCUAAUGGUGUUGACGGGCUGCACGCUGUACAACCUGUGGACGGCUAUCGUCCGGCAAAGCCUGCCCGAGCUGCAGAGCAUGGCCUCCCCGUGGUGGUCGGCCAUGGACGCGUUCAGCGACAUCGUGUUCCUGCUGGAUGUGGCCGUCCAGUUCCGCACCGGCUACCUGGAACAGGGCCUGAUGGUGUACAAUACCAGCAAGCUAGCCGGCCACUACAUCCGGUCUCGUUCGUUCAUGUUCGAUCUUAUAGCACUCACGCCACUGGAUCUGAUACAGCUAAAGAUCGGCGUGCACCCCAUACUCCGGUUCCCCAGAUUCAUCAAGGUGUACCGGGUGUACGACUAUUACUACAUGGUGGAAUCGAGGACGGUCUACCCGAACUUUUGGAGAGUGAUCAAUCUGAUUCACAUUUUAUUGAUACUAGCUCAUUGGUUCGGGUGUUUCUAUUAUCUGUUAUCUGAAGCGGAAGGAUUCAAAGGCGAUUGGGUGUACCCGUACAAGCCGGGUGACUACGCGACGUUGACUAGAAAAUAUUUGGGAUCAUUGUACUGGUCAACUCUGACGCUGACCACCAUCGGCGAUCUACCCACACCAGAAACUAAUGCUGAGUACGUCUUCACCAUCGUCAGCUACUUGAUCGGAGUGUUCAUAUUCGCCACCAUCGUCGGGCAGGUGGGCAACGUGAUAACGAACAGAAACGCAAACCGAUUGGAGUUUGAACGGCUGUUGGACGGCGCCAAGCUGUAUAUGCGACAUCACAAGGUGCCGAGCGGCAUGAAAAAAAGAGUACUGAGAUGGUACGACUACUCGUGGUCCAGGGGACGUAUUCAAGGAGGCGGCGAUAUAAACACGGCGCUGGGUCUUCUUCCGGACAAAUUGAAAACCGAACUGGCAUUGCACGUCAAUCUGGCGGUUUUGAAAAAAGUUACAAUAUUUCAAGAAUGCCAACCAGAGUUCCUACACGAUUUAGUUCUCAAAAUGAAAGCUUACAUAUUUACACCUGGGGAUUUAAUAUGUCGGAAAGGAGAAGUUGCCAGAGAGAUGUUCAUCAUAGCAGACGGCAUUUUAGAAGUUAUUAGUAGUGAAACUGGACAUGUUCUGACGAUAAUGAAAGCUGGUGAUUUCUUUGGAGAAAUAGGAAUUCUCAACUUGGACGGAUUUAAUAAGAGAACUGCUGAUGUUCGGUCAGUUGGAUAUUCAGAAUUAUUCAGUUUAUCUCGUGAAGACGUUCUUGCCGCCAUGAAAGACUACCCUGAAGCACAAGAUAUUCUUCAAACACUCGGCAGAAAGCGUCUGAUGGAAGCAAAGAACGCAAAUAAGAUUGUUGCGGAUCGGAUAAAAUCUCGGGCUGAAGCUGCAGAAAACUGUAGUGGAAUCGUGGAAAAAAUUCGUUGUGAUGUCAAAGGACUUCGAAAUGCAUUUUCAAAAGGACGCCGUGGAACUAGAGCCGUAGUUGAAGAGAGCAUGGAGUUACAACCGUUAACCAGUAGUGGUCGCAAAUCAGAAAAUACCAGUAGUAAAAGUAUUUUAAGAAGAAUGCCCCGGGUAUGGAGCGAUGAGUUGGCUUCAGGAACGGAUCAUAGUGAUGAAGACCCAAGGCCGAUAUCACCGGGUAUUCCAAUACUAAAUAAAGCGAAAUCGGAUAAAGAACCGCGCGCUAAUGAGUCGUCUAAAAAGUGUUUACUAUCACCACCACUUGCUGUGUCAGAAACUGGUCGGAAAGAAACGACGAAUCAAGAAGUAAUCGGCGCCGGGCUUCCGUUAUUACAGAGGCUAUUGAUCCUCAAACAAAAAAAUGAACAAGAAGGAAUGACGCAAAGUAAACCGAAGAAGGUCGACCUAGAAGUGUCUGAAAGUACACCUAAGGUAAAAUCGAACGUGAAAUUAAAAACUCCGAAAAAAGAAAACACAAAAAGCAUAAGCCUAAAGCAACGACUGUCAGAUGUACACACCAGGCAGCGGAAACCGACGGCGAAUACGAAAUUGUGGACGCUUUUGAAAAAAGCGACAGUGCUUACGCCAAAAGCCAAGUUGCAAGACUUAAAAGCCGAUAGUGAGGUCCCACGCGACACGUCGUCUCUUCAAUCAAACUUGAAACCCACCGCCGAUAUUUCACAUAUAAACAGCGGUAGCUGCGAACACAAGUUUAUUGUAAUGUGCCAAAAAUUAGAUGACCAAUACAAGCAGGGCUCAUUGAUUGCUCAAAACAUAUCGGCUCAUAAUAGUUUAACCAAUAAAUUUACUGAAAAUAAUAUUAAUAAGGAAAAAUGUGAUAUUAGAAUAGUGCAUAGGCCAAAAGUGUUGCAUUUAGACGGCACGAAAAGAUGUUAUGAUUCGAUCAACGAUCUUUCACCCGAGUAUUCCGGUUUGUCGUUUGUGAAGAAAUUGAAAAUACUGAACGAACGACAAAAGCUGGCGGAACUAGAAGAAAAGGCGUUCUUGAGAAGUUCCAGCCUGGAUUCGUCCGGGUGUAGGGCUUUGGACGUUUCGUAUGGCAACCAGUUGACACGGAGUCACUCGGAAGCGGUCGCCCUGGAGGUGGUACUAAGAAACCAAAAUUCACGCAAACAAGAAACGUUUCGAUGCAGCACUACACCGGUAGACGAGUGUAACGAAACGGCUGAGAGGAUACGGCUUAAGAAUAUACUUAAAAAGUUAUCAUCAAGCUGUUUCGGCAACGACAGAGCGAACCAGUUAAUGACUUCGCAGACCAUAGAAGGAUACGCUGCCAGACACUCAAAAUUGACUAGAAACGUUACGUUCAACCAACGCCGCACAAUAGAAUCAUCGCCAGAUUCUUGCAGCUCCUUAUUUGCGUUUCCCGACAGCAUAACUCCGCAGUGUAAAAACCCCGAUCUUAUACCAAUAGAUUUGUCUCAUAAGACUGACUUGCUAGAGUCUUCCCAAAGAACUUCAAAGCAUACAAAACUGUCCAAACCAAUGUCUACCAACACUGCAGUACAGUGCGUGUCUAGUCAGCCGGAUACUCGACAAAACUGUUACGACGAAAUAUUGAAUGGCGUAAAAACAAUAGUCGAGAAAUGUCUGAACGAUAUUGAAGGAAAAUAUCGAGAUAAAAUAGAUGAACUCGAAUCUGAAAUUAAUAAACGUGAUUAUACAAUAAGCACACUAUGUGAGCAAUUCAAUCAGAAACUUUGUGAUCAACCCGUCGACGAAGGAAAAUUAGGAUCAUUACUUGAUAAUUAUUCAAAAAAUAUAGAAGAAGACGAAGAAAAUCCAUUCAUAAGAAAUGAUUCUGUGGAUACAGUCAUGUGUCCAAAGGUAUCUUCGUUCAACAGUUUGUCCCCAUUCGGUCUGGAUGACCCGAGGUGUUACAACCCAAAUUCCAGUAGCCCAACUUUGUUCUCGAAUAAGUCUUGGGAAGACAGGUCGGAAGAAGAGAAUCUGGAACUCCGAGACUUGCCCAAGUCAAUCAUUCCAGAACCGUCGUGGCAACACGACGACACCAGAAUUGAUAUGAAUUGUACGGACGACGAAGAAGAAGAGUUUCCGCCCAGGUGGGAGAACUGGGAAGCGGAAAUGUUAGUGGGGCACACUAGCCACAACGAUCUCCACGCCGGCCCAGGGCUAUUGAGCCGAAGAUCUUUAGACGAAAAUAGUAUGUUCAUACACAGAGGACUUCAGGGGCGGAGGAGGUGUUUAUCGAUAGAUAACGUACCGUUUUCCAAUUCGAUAUUAAGAAAUUUUGGACAGUACGUCCGUUUGGGGGGCAGUUCGUCACAAACGCCUUCGCCCGACAUACUUCCGACUAUAUCUAAGAGUUGUUUUUCGUUGGUAUCGCAGCCCGAAAAUUAGAUCCAAACUAAACCGAUUAUUAUUAUUAUUAUGAUUAUUAUUAUUAUUAUUAUUAUUAUUAUUAUUAUUAUAAUUACAGGACGCCACUUAUAAGACUCGCAUUGGGACCAGCAGAAAAUGAGUCUUAUAAGUUAUAACCGAUUGAAUGUUAAAGGCGAAGUGGGAAAAAAACAAACGUACAUUUUAAGUAAUUACCUAUUAACUUAAUUUUUCUACUUUUACAUAUUAUUAAAAAAAUAUGAUAACUAUACAUAUUACAUAUACUAUAAUAAUUUCGAUCAAUUUUAUAUCAUACUGCAUGAUUAGAAAUCAGUAAUAUAACCAACACAAAAGUUUAAUAUCUACGAUUUUUCUUACGAAAUUUGAGUUUUAUAAACGAUUUUAUUUUUAAUGUAAUUAUAUACGGUCCGGGCGGUCCUUUCAGGCGAUUUUGAAUCUGAUAAGCGACUGAUAUCCGUGAGUCUUAUAAGCGCUGUCUACUGUGUUAUGAUUAUUAUUAUUAUUACUAUCAAUUGUAUUAUUAUUAUUAUUGUUAUUGUUGCUGUUGUUGUUGUUUUUGUUUUUGGAUAAUUCGAAAUUUUACCAUAACAGGAUAGUUGCAUGGUUUUAUCAUGACUAUAUAUUAUUAUUAUUAUUGUUCAUACCUUAAUAUUAUAGUAACAGACGAAUUUAUUUUUAAAUUUUUAGAACAUGGUGUUAUGGUGUUACCAUUGGUACCAUAAACAUUUACCAUCAAAUAUGUUGAAAAUAUAUCUAUAUAAAACCAAUAAAAAUUCAAAUUUAGAUUUCUGUUGUAUUCAAUGAUAAAGGAAUUCAUAUUUUUCUAUCGACACCUUAAAGUACUUACGCAGUAUUAAAUGUUAUUAUAUGUAUUUAAAUGUUCAUUACAAUAGAUUUUUUUUAUUAGUAUUUAUUCUAAGUCUGUUUAGACAAAUCAUAUUAAAUUGGCCAUUAAAAGGCUACUGGCAAAACAAGGAUUUUUGAAAGACAUUUUCGAAUUCAUAAGUAAAUAAUAAAUAAUUAGAUUUUUUUGACAACGUGAACAGUUUUGGAAUAACCUAAAAUAUGAUUUCAAUAUUAUAAGUAAUUCAAACAAACUAUUUUAAACUCUAUACUUGUUGUUUUAGUAAGGUCUUGGGUGACAGUGAAAUACAUAAUUUGCGUAUGAAACGUAUAUACAUUUAAUUUCAAAAUUAACUCUGUGUCUUGCACACACGUAGUUGUACAUUGCAUUAGUCGAGGAUCGAGAUUCGUAGCAUAAAAAAUAUCUUCGGUUUGUUUAGGAUUAAUUUUUAUCCCCGCACACGAAACACAAACGUUUUUUCAAUUUUUAAUUUUUUUUUUAUAUUUAAUCAGAGUUGAGUUAGAAUUGGAUUCCAUAGUACAACACAAUUGGUUUUUAUUAUUUUGCUAAAUAAUUUGGUACUCAUGAACAAGUUCGUAUGUCAAAGGUACGAUAUUACUAUGCAACUACUCUUAUCCUGUCAUAAUAUAUAUUGCAUAACGCUUGAAACUUGACCUAAUUUUUGUUGUUAUUAUAUAUGUAUGAACAUUAGUAUUUAGUAAAUAUAUCCAUAUAUUAUGUAUUGAUGAUUUUUUUCGGAAAAAAUUGUAUUAAUUUGAUCACACAACUGAAAAACUAAAUAUUGUACCUAUAUUACUCAUACAAUAUAUACUCGUAAUACGAAACGAUAAUAGUAAUAAUAGUGGUGGUCGGAUCAAAAUGGUCGACUGUCACAGAAACAAACUUUCACGUUUCGAUAAGUCAAAUGCGGAUUGGUAUUUGAUAUAUUUUCCACACCUAACCACAUAUAACAUAUUUCCAGAAGGUUUUCUCUCCGGUGUUAUCCAUUAUCUUGUUGUAAUAAUAUUAAAUGUAAUUAGUUUACUUAGGUUAUCUUAAUUCUGGUCGUAUUAUUAUAGUAAAUUUGUUAUUUGUUAUUGGUAUAAAACAAAACGUAAAACUUGUUUGUAAUGUUUAUAAAAAAAACUUAAACAUAACUGUACAACUUUAUGAUGAAACUGAUUAAUUUCUGAUCAUUAUACAGAGACCAAAUCUGAAACGAAAUACUAUUAUUAUAAUACAAUAAUAUUGUAAGUAUAUCUUUAGGGACCAGUGUAAAAUUCAAAUUUAAUUAACAGUUAAAACUUACAUUAUUUAUUACUAAGUUUGUUCAUAAAUAAUAUUUCUGCUCAAAAUCAGAAAUAAUUAAAUAUUUUUAUAUUGUUUAGCCAUUGAGUCGACCAUAAUGGUUUCUUUUGAAUAUCUACUUAAAAUUCGUUUCAUAUUUCUUAAAUAUUAUUGUUAGUUAAUUAAUUUUAUUAUUCUAUUAUUUUCGAAAUUAUUAUUUUUAUUUUUAUUGUAUAUAGGUAUUGUUCAGAUGAACAACUUGUGUUCAUAAAAUUGUAAUAUUGUUAUGCUAUAUUUUCUAAUCGGAGAGAAAAUAUUUCGAGUGGCGAGGAAGGAACGGUAACUUAUUUAUUUAUAUUUAAAUUUACUACAUAAAUAAUAAUUUGUCGUGUAUAUAAUUAUUUUAAUUAUUAUAAGUAAGUAUAAAGUAA